UUAAACAAUAGUUAAUAAAAGAGAGGAAGAGGGGGUGUCGAAGCGAGGAAAAGCGAUGCCAAGGGCCGCGAGGACAGCGGACGUCGAUCGAAAACGUGCGAUCAGCGAUUGAGGUCAAAGCGAUCUCGAAGCUGCGUAGCGGCGUUGUUUGCCGGUGAUACGUGAACGCCGCCCAUAAAGCGAAAGAAGAUGAAGAAUAACACGGGCAACCACGAGAAGAACGGGCCGGAGAGCCUCAAGUUGUUGAGGGUACCGUCCACCCCUCCGACAACCCCAACCACCCCUACCACGCCGAGGGGGCUCGAGGACGUGUUCAAAGAUCUACCCAUCACCGACGAGACCUCCUGCGGUAUAUGGUGCAUAAGGAACCCCACGUUGCAGAGAUUCGCCAAUAAGAAGGCUUACGUGUUCCUCUACGGUGUGCUCGGUUGUAUAUUUUCGGCUAGUUACGCGUACUUCAACGGUACCAUUACCACCAUCGAGAAGAGGUUCAAGAUACCUUCCAAGACGACAGGUCUCAUCUCCGUGGGCAACGAUAUCUCGCAAUUGUUCGUAUCGGUGGUCCUGUCGUAUUACGCAGGAAGGGGUCACAGGCCUCGAUGGAUCGCAUUCGGGAUUUAUACGGUAGUUGUCUUCUGUUGUUUAACAAUGUUGCCACACUUCUUAUAUGGUCCAGGAGAAGACGCUCUUUUACUUACGAAAGAGUACGGGGCAAAGUCAGAAAACUCGAGUCACAUACCUGAUAAAUAUCGGAAGUUCUUAUGUCUCGGAAAGGAAAGCCGAGAGGAUGAGUGUGAGGAUGCUGAUGGAAAUUUCGCCCCCCAAGCAUUGCUCUUCAUUGCGCAAUUAGUGUCAGGAGUCGGUGGUUCACUCUAUUACACUUUAGGUGUAUCGUACAUGGACGAUAAUAUACAGAAAUCGAAGACACCAGCACUGAUCAGUUUUUCCUAUUUCUUGAGAAUGUUGGGACCCGCUAUUGGUUAUGGGUUGGCGUCGUUCGCGUUGAAAUUUUAUAUCAGUCCUACUUUGACGCCCACCAUUACGACACAGGAUCCAAGAUGGUUAGGUGCUUGGUGGCUUGGUUGGAUUAUUCUGGCGAUUUUUCUCUUCAUCUUCGCAAGCGUAAUCGCGCUUUUUCCUAAAACAUUACCAAGAGCCGCAGCUCGUAGAGCUUUAGCAUUGGAACGAAACAAAACUGCAACGAGCAUCAAAGAAGAGGAAUCAGAAUUACCAGCUUCUCUCUCGGAUAUGCUGAGGACAUUUAAACGAUUAUUAACAAACAUUACUCUGAUGUGCAACAAUUUGGCAACCGUUUUCUAUUUUAUGGGAUACAUGCCAUAUUGGAUUUUCAUGCCGAAAUACAUCGAAACUCAGUACAAACAAUCCGCUUCUGUGUCAUCAUUGAUCACUGGAACAGUUGGUUUAGUCUUCAGUGCAUUUGGAAUUCUUCUUUCUGGUUUGAUUAUCUCCAAAUACAAACCCAAGGCUAGGUAUCUGGCCGCAUGGAACGUGAUGGUGGGCGCCAUAUCGGUCGUAGGAAUGAUAUCUUACGCUUUUUUGGGUUGCUCGGCCAACGACAAGCAGAUUAUGGUUCAACCGGAUGGCAGCUUGAAGACUCAACUCCCUUGCAACGAGCAUUGCAUGUGUGACUACGUUACUUAUAAUCCUGUUUGCUCCGAACAUGGACAGACUUUCAUCUCAGCUUGUCAUGCUGGAUGUCGUAAUAUAAAGAUAUUAACCAACAGUAGUAAAUUGUAUACGGAAUGCAGUUGCAUCAAACCGAAGUUCGCACGUUUGCCAUUUUUGUUUCCAAACAACACAUGGAAUCCGCAGACAACUGAUGUUCCAUUCGAGACACCAGCACCCGAUGGAUCAACAGGUUUUGGAACCGCGAUUCCAGGAGCGUGUCCCGUGGAUUGUAUGCACAAAUUUUAUAUAUUUCUGGCUGUGGUUUGCUUGCUUAAAUUCAGCGGCGCCACCGGAAGGGCAUCGAAUUUUUUGGUUUCUGUCAGAUGCGUGGAUGAAAAGGAUAAAACAGUGGCUAUGGGCUUUGGAUUAACUAUUAUGAGUUUAUUUGCAUUCAUACCUUCCCCUAUUUUAUUCGGAUACAUUUUAGAUAAGACCUGUAUUGUUUGGGGGAAAACAUGUUCAGGUACAGGAAAUUGUUGGCUCUACAAUGGAGAAACAUUGAGAUAUCUACUAAACUUUACUGCAGCCACAUUCGUAACGAUCGGCACGUUAUUCGAUGUGGGUGUGUGGUAUUUCGUAAAAGAUGUAAAGAUUUUCGAUGAGGAGAUUGAAUUGAAAGACAUACCCGAAGAGCCAGGAGAGACGCUUUGAAAGUAAAUCAUACCGAUCAGAUAUCAAAUCGCUUCGUUUCGAGGAAAGAUGAAAAGUUAAAAUCGAAAGUCAUUGGUGAAGAGAAAAAAGAAUUAAAAUAAAUAAAUAAACAAAAAGAAGAUGGAAACGUCAAAAAAAGGAAAUGGAAGAGCUGACGAAUAAAGACUUUACAAGUACCUUAAGCAAUUUCUUGGAUAUAUUUAAAACAUACUCGUAGUACCUCGGAUAGAACUUAUCGUUGACUAUAGUUCAUUUGUGAGGGCAUUUGAAAAAGAAAAUGAAUUAAUUUUUUUUUUAUUUAGUAUCCUCGUUUUAUUACACAUUGUUAUUGAAUAACAAUUCUCAUCGUAGAUGCAAGAGUAAGUGUAAAACGACUCAUAUCAGUAUGAUACCUUCAAUUCAUAAACUAAUUCAUAUUUCUCGUGUACAAAAUAUAUAUAGAGAAUGAUAAUUUGUAUCUAUUAUCUAUCUGACAGAUGUUUUAAUUUUAAAUUUAUCAUAUGAUAUAAUAUAUAUCUCUUUUUUAAAUUAACGAAUCGUUGUUGAAUAAUAUUAAUAAGACUAUAGAGAAUCUAUUCAAAUAAAAUAAUUGUUUUUUACUUGAACAGAUUAAUUUACAUGAACUUAGAUAGAUGAUUACACAUUAUUAAGAAUUUUUAUUAGUAGAAAGUAUGAAUUAUUAAAAGAGAGAUUAAUACUGACGAUAAUAAAAAUGAGCAAUAAAUUAGGCUAUUUGGAUUUCAAAUAGAGAUCUAUUAUUUUGAAAUUUUAAUUUUAGUAAUUAUAUAUCUUUCAAUAAAACAAUUUUAUCUA